AUGUUCUACGACGAGUUGAGUGCUCGUUUGGAAAAGUUAGUUUCAAGUGGUGAAACACCUUCGAAUAUAAUCAAUCUUUUGUCAAUGGAUGGUGGUGGUAUACGAGGGCUGGUAAUUCUCCAGGUACAAGUUUCUUUAUUUUGA